AUGGCCAACGACAAGCAGCAAAACCAACAGUCACGCGCGCCAAAGCUCGAUACUCACGCUGUCGUGAGAUUCUUGCUUCAAGAGCCAAGAAUGCCACACCCCUUGGUAACAGGACUUGGUACCAUCAUGCUCUGGCUCGAGGCUAUGCAGACUAGUAUGUCACGUAGCUACCUCAUGACCAACAGAGGCCGCUUUCUGGAUGCCUGGAGAGAGUACGGUAGCUCGAUGCCAUUCACUAGGGCUCAGGCGGAAGAGUACAUGAGAAUCCACGGCGAGGACCUGACUGCGCCCGUUCUUUCGAACAUCUGGCGUCCAGCUCAGGCACCCUCGACGCCGGUGAGCCGCCACCAAUCCCGCCGUGAUUGGAAAGAGUGGCUCGAUGAUUUUAGAGCACAACAAAUGAGAGCUCAAGCAGACGAUGGGCGUAAUUUCGUAAGCCAGAGUCCAAUAGUAGCAAGACCGGGUGAUGACUCCGACAACGACAUGGUCAUCACGCCAGCUGUCUCGGUUCCCGUUCCUCCCCGAGCUCCAGCUCAAACUUCCAAUGAGGACAAGCAAGAGAAGAUGAAGAGCCCUGCUCAGAGAGCAGGACCUCCGGUCGUGCAGCCACCCCCAACUGCACCAACCCCUGUGGAUCCCUACCAAAGACUGGAAGAUCAGUAUGGAAAGGACUGGGAGUCGAUCCUCAAGUCUGGCCAAUUGGCACGUUCUGCCCCUGCUGCUGUACGGCCAUCAUCAGAGUCGAGGUUCAUAGUCACUCACGAACAACAAGAACAAAUGCGAUCCACAUUCUCGAACUACUAUGCUGAAAGGGCAUCGGAAUUGAUCAGAAACCAGAGUUCGAACGCAAUUGCGGAGUUCGAAGAAGGAAGAGUCGAAGCUCUUCAACUUGAUGCAUACAACGAGGACCUGGACAAUCAAGAACCAGCCGCUCCAGUGGCCUCGAGACGCCCUGCUCCCAGAAGCACGAAAGACAAGGACGAAGCAAUGGCCAGAGCAUUGCAGCAGCAGGGGUACGAACAAGCCGACAGCGACUCUGAUGAUCUUUCUCUUAUCUCUGAGGUCUUGGCCGCCGCUAGUCGCGGCAUGGAACAAGAGGCAGCACAGUCGAGGAACGUGCUUACUCUCAGAUCCGGGCCUGGUCGUUCGCUCGCUUCCCCUCAACCGUCCCCGCCCAUGUCUCAACCGGUCAGCUCGCCUCCAACCUUGCCUACAUCAACCCCAACUUAUAGCAGCAUGAAUUCGCCAAUACCUGGUGCUAGGACCAACAACAGGGUCAGGACUGCAGCAGGCAACCAGCAAGCUCCUGGAGCUGUGGUAAAGCCGGCCUCUAGGCCUUCAAGUAGAUCCCCAAACAAGUUUAGGCCGUGGCCUGCUCUCCAGUCUGCUACCAGGAGUCCUGCCAGUACAUCCGGUACUCUCUGGAACGAGCCAUUAUCAUCUGCGACGGCGACACCAUGUUCCAGUCCGACCCCAAGUGCUCCCAGGAACUUUCGUGAUGCUGGAGACUCAAGGCCGGCUCAGGGGAUGAGCGCUGCCACUCUCAUGCCGCCACCACCACUACCACCAAGAUUGUCGCAACCUGCUGCCAAUGAAACAGCUCCAGCACCUGUCCAGGCUGCUCGAGUAAAUAAUAGCAAUGAUCUCGGGACUGCCUCCCGAGCCAGGAGGCAGGCCGGUUCAGGAAAUCGUGGGGAGUUUGACUGGAUCGACUACAAUGACAUGGAAAAUCCAAACGAUGAUUACGAGCCGCCUGAAUCUCCCCAGGGUGACUCUCAAGGAAGGUUCUAUGAAGACUACGAAGACUCCAGUGACAUUGAGUAA